AUGGAUGCUUUAAACACUUCCACUCUGUUGGAUGUGAGUGAGUUGCUCUCUACAAUAUCAGCAAACAUUCUCCUUGACCUCCCAGUAUUUUGUGAAGACACAACAGAGCCUUACUUCCGUGCACCAGCAUCUUUUCUUCCCAUCCGAGAGCGUCGAGAGGAGACUCUUCAAAACAGCGUCCCUCUCCUUCAAUUACCAGGUAUUACCAUCAAGGAGAUUUUAAAGAAUUUCCAUCGAGCGGAAGAUGCUGUUUCGUUGGGUCGGAGUUGUCGCCAAUUACACAACGUGGUCUUUGGACAAGAUGGAGAGGCGUAUUGGAACUCGCAGCUUGAGGACAUCAAGCCAUCCCCAAGUGUUCUCAAGAAUGCCUCAAAACCAUCAGAGACGUAUAGGAAGUGUGCUCUCAUGCGGAAACACUGGCGACAGAGUUUAUACAGUGAACACACCUCUGACGGUCAUAUGAGUUUAGUGAAGUGUAUUGAAUACGACGGGAGUCGUGGGACAUUAGUAACUGGGUCGAGUGAUAAGAAAGUUAAAGUCUGGAAAGUUGAUGGGUCCAAUUUAGUGUUAGGCAAGACGAUCCCUGGUCAGAAUUGUGGAGUUGUUGGGCUCGACUUAAACGGUGAUGAUCUUCGUAUUGGGUAUAAAAAUGGUGUCAUCAAACACACAAAUAUUUUGAAUGGAACAACAAAAGAAUUUACGACGGGGACUGUGGUGACUGGAUUUAGCUUUUGUGGGAGUUGCAUUGUGUCGUACGAGCGGAGCGUCAUUUUAUUUGACUCCGAGAAAGGGACGAACAUUGGUGAGUAUAAUCUCCACAGAAGGCCAGUUAGUUAUGCCAAAAUGUAUAACACUCAAAUGGGGACUUCUGCGUCGUUCGACAAAAGUGUUGACUUUUGGGACACAAGAAAGUUGAAUGCGGCAGCUAUCCGGUUGAAAGGACAUCGCGCAGGAGUCAAUCACUUCGACUUCUGUGAUAAUACUAUCAUCACUGCUUCAAAUGACAAAAUGUUGAUGGUAUGGGAUAUUCGGAAGCCAGAGGUGCCUUUUAAAACUAUACAAAACCAUACCGCGGAAGUCAUUUUCGUGAAACAUUUGUAUGACAAAGUGGUUGCGUCCUCGAAAGAUAUGACAAUGUCACUCUUCGACACAAAAGACUUUUCGUUGAUUAAUACAAUUAACACACGCUCAGUGGUGUCGUCGUUCACGUACGAUGAUCAAUAUUUGUUCUGUGGGUGUAGCUCGGGAGAGAUACUUCUGUAUGACUUUAUUUAG